ACAAUUUACUUCCGAAAAGCUGAGCUGGAAGUAGUGUUCGGCUACGUUAGAUAGGAAGAUCAAUCGGUUAAAAAAACUGAUUAGUUAGUGCUGAAGUUCCGACACAUAAAUUGUGAAUGUCACUACGUCUUCCUUAUUCGAUUGGGUUUUUCAAGUUCAACAAGGUUCCGCCGCCACUUUUUAUGCCACUCGAAAGAUCGCAUCCCUUCAAUAAUUGUGAUGAGAGAAUAACUUUUUAGUUGAACAUAGGGUGAUCUCAUUCAGUGUAGAUGUAGCGAAAUCGGUUCACAGAAUGUUGAGAAUAUAUAUCGAUUCCGAGUCGAUUCAUACAGCGACGCACGCUCGCAGAUUUCAACCAGAGAGACAUCUGAUGGGCACCGAAGGAUAUCCUUGAAUUUUGGAGAAGAAAGUAACAUGCAAUAAUAUGCAUAUUUAAGAUUCUAACAAUAGACAACCGGACACAGUUGAAAUAAAAUCUAACGAUAGUACACAUUCCACGCGUGAAAAAUAACGCCCGAUUGCGCAAUUAAUCAGCGACAGAAGAUAGAAUCUUCAAUCGGUAUGGGCUUUAUUGAGGAUUAAUUGAGAAAAAAAAAAUACACCGACGGGAGAAGAAGUGCCAAAAGAACUCCACCGUCGUCCGGCCAGUCAUUGUAAACAUAUAGUAUUUUACCAAAUGGGUAGUGAGAAGCCAUUAUCUAUACCACAUCAAUCACCUGGUAGUGAAAUGCCAUUUCCUUCAUCUACUGUUGCAGACAAAAAUGUCUUUUCGAAGGCCUCCCCAAAGGGGGACGUAAUGCGGGGCGGAUGGCAUGCAUCCCCCAAAUUUGUGAAUCCACUAACAGAUUCAUCGGUUGGGUCUGUGUUAUACCUGUGACUAAUGUUUGAAAUGUCGCAAGGCACACACCAUAAUUUUCGAAUCUCAACGAUAUUUAUAUUGAACUGCAGCCCAAGAUACGCGUUCAGUCAACUUUUCGAAGCCGACCUAUGCUAAGUGUUGUCCAGGAGUCUGCAGAGAAGCGUUCGAUCGUGGAUUAAGUGUGAAUUUAGAUGUUGGCAGAAAACCGCCAAAAACGAUUUUUUAUUGAUUGUGCGUGAACUUAAUCUUGUGGAAGAGUGAUCGCCGACUUGAAUCGGUGAGAAGUGCAGUUCAGUAUGAGUAACUUAUUGUCAUUUAUUGUGCUAAUUAUCGUCGGUUGCGCAUUUUCGGUGCACGGCAAGGACGACGAGUUCAAUAUUGAUGUGAGGCAACAUAAUGCGGAGGUUUACCACGAGCAGAGUGUGCGGAACAAUGAGUUCAACUAUGGCUACCAGGUGGAGAAAGAGAACAGCCAGUUCCAGCACAAGGUCAAGGGUCCAGACGAUGUUACCUAUGGGUGUUACGGCUACAUCGAUCCGAACAAUGAGAAGCAUUUAGUUUAUUAUGUAGCGGACCGGCUGGGAUACAGAGUGGUCACGCCGAAUCAGCCCACAAGAAUUUUCACCGAGCGCGUUAGUGCUAGCAUCUCACAAUUGAACGAAGAUUUGAAGGACAAAAAACUCGACGAGCGAGUCGUUGCGUGGAAUGAUUUGUAUCUUCCCGAGUCAUGUCGCAGGUUGAAUGAGAUUCUAACUCCCGCAGUUCAAAGAGCAACACCAAACGUUAUUCAGCCACAGCUCCAAAGGGAAAUUACAACGGCACAGAAACCAGCCACUCCCAGAGCUACACCAAAGCCAGUUGUUUUGCUGGAACCAAUUGCCGAAAACACAUUCGUUGCCAACAGAGUAGAUUUGGUUCCAGAUAAAAAGCCAAACAACCUCAAGGUUGGAUCAAAUUCAAGCCUUGAAGUUCCUCCGUGGUCCCAUGUCCCAUUGAUAACCAAACCGAUUAAAAGUUUUGGGAAUCCACCUCGUCCCUUCAGUCCAGCGUACACACUAGAACCAGUGAGCACGCGUACCCCCGUUACCACCACGAUUAGAUCGAGGCAACGCUCGAGGGGCACAGCCCCACCAUCGCGUCCAUCUUCAUCUCAGCGACCGAUUCAACGGUUAACACCAUCCGGGGAAAAUAUUUUGGCUAACUCUUCUCCUACUCCAGCUAGUACUGCUGCUCCAUUGCCAUCGACUUCGGAAGGUACCCCUCGACCAGCUCCAAGAAACACACCUCCUCCGACGAGAAGACCAUCACCCCCAGCUCCAGCUCCGGAGAGACUGCAGCCUGCCCCGAGACCAACUCAAAAUUUGGAUUGUAAUAAUCCAUUCGGUUCCUGCUCCAAGGAACCACUGAAUCACGGUCCGUACAAUGGGUACGUUUAUCCGAUCAACGGGGAUUGCCGCUCCACGGAGUACAAUGUCAAGCACUUGAUGAAACAGAUGGAGGCGCUGAAUGCACAAGUUCUCGAGCUCACCGCAAACAUUCGUGCCCUGCAGCGAGACAAUUCAAACAUCUCCAGCACGGCUGAGUCAUGUUGCAACGACUGGCUCCACCGUCUUCAGGCCCCGUUACUGGUUUACGUGCCCAUUCUGCUGCCGUAUGUUGGCAGUGACCUCCCCGGUGAGAGGCAGAGCAGUCUAUUGAAUCCGGCGAGCUACGCCUUUCAAAAGAUGUGUGACGAUUGUUCGUAAAUAAAUAAAUGAAUGCUUGUAGAUCACUUGA